UGCAACAGGGGUUACUCGUGAGUGAAGACUGUACAAAUCUCAUCCGCUAAUCCUGCAUGGCUGCAUGUACAUUCAACACAAGCAAAACUUAUUAUUUUAGGAUAUGUUCCAGAGAGCUUCAUUAGUUCGAAGAUUUUGAAGGCGUUCUUGCAAAACUCCUACAAUUACUGCAUUCAUGAGAUCACAUUUCUUUGAGGCAUUUUGUCAAACAGUUCAUGCGCCUUGUCUGUGCUUCCACAUUUUCCAUCCAUGGUUACUCAAUUGUUCCAACUACAAUAUCCGACAAAUAACCACUUCCAUUACGCUUUGAUGGAUAUCCAUACGUUCAAAAGGCCCCAUUUUGGCACAGGCGGGGAGAAUGUUGGCUUUACACCAACCAAUUUCAUUUGCUUGAAGGUUCCUAAAGCCUUGUCAACAAAACCAUUUUGUGCAUAUCUUGCAAUGGUGGCAUUCCACGAGGCCACAUUCUUUGAGGCAUUUUGUCGAACAUUUCACGUGCCUUGUCUAUACUCUCACUAUUUGCAUGCAUGCCUACCAGAGCAGUACCAACUUAAACAUAUGAAACAAUUCGUAUAUCCUUUAUGCUUUGAUGGAUUUCCAUACCCUGUUCCAAAGCUCUCAUUUGGCACAGGCUGGAAGGAUGCUGACAAAGGUUGCAGAGUAUUGCUUUACACCUGCCAAAUGAUCUAUGUUCCAAAGCUCCCAUUUCCCAAAGGCUGGGAAUAUGUUGGCAAGAACAUGAUUUUUCUUAUGCACAGUAACUACUUGCUAACCGGUGACUCUAAGGGCAACGGUUUAGGAGGGCGGAUAUUGGUGUGAAACGGAACAGGUUGAGCAACCCCACAUGUGUGAUUUCAGCCAGGCCAUUGAGGAAGGGGGAGUAGUGCAGACUAUUGAUAAUCCAUGGGGAAUGGAUUUUCAGCGUCGGGAUAUAAUGAAAGAGAGGCCCAGUUUCACGCUCAUUGGGGUUCUCUUCUUAUUUUGCUACGCUCUGACGUUUGCCUGCAUGAGCUUCAGUGACCCCAUGAUUGAAACAUAUGCCAAUGAAGGAGGCAUAUUUUAUACAAACACAGACCUGCAGACUCAUAUAGCUCUUUACAAUCAUCAUCUAGAGGUCACAGAGCAGCAGCAGAAGAAGAAGAGCCCUGAACUUGAUGCUGUCAGCUGUUCUUCUCUCAUCAGUGAUGUGGGAAGAAAAAAUGGUUCUGGAGGAGAUGGCAGGGGAAUCCUGUGCUGUGACCGUUCUCACUAUAGGACAGAUGUUUGCUAUCUGAGAGGAGAUGUGAGAACCCACUCUGAAAAUGCCUCCAUUUCUCUUCAUGCCCACAAUCAUAAAUCAACUCAGGAGAAAAUCAGGCCUUAUACACGCAAAUGGGAACAGAGUACUAUGAACACCAUUGAUGAAAUCACCCUAAAAACAGGGGAUGAUGAUGAUGAUGCCUGCCAAGUCCAGCAUAAAGUACCCGCCAUAGUUUUCUCCACAGGAGGAUUCACAGGCAAUGUUUACCACGAGUUCAAUGAUGGUUUGCUGCCUCUGUACAUAACUUCCCAGCAUCUUCAUGGACAAGUGGUGUUUGUUAUUCUUCAAUACCAUUCUUGGUGGAUGACAAAAUAUGGAGAGAUUAUUGGGCAGCUCAGCAAUUAUCCAGUCAUAGACUUUAGCAUGGAUAAGAGAGUCCACUGUUUUUCAGAGAUGACAGUUGGCCUCAACAUACAUGAGGAAUUAAGUGUAAAUCCAGAGCUAAUGAAAGAUGGUAAAAGCAUUAGAGACUUCAGGGAACUUGUGAGCAAGGCCUAUGCUCCUAGAUUGAGUUCCAUGCCUCAAACACAGAGCAUAACCAAACAACAAUCAUCCCCCUUAAGGGAUCUCAGGCUUGUUUCGCAUCAAAGAAAGCCCAAAUUGGUAAUUAUAUCAAGGGAGAAAUCAAGGAAAAUGAUGAACCAGAAGGCGAUUGUUAAAUUGGCAGAGAAAAUUGGGUUUGAGGCAGAAAUACUGAAUCCCAAAAGCAACACAGAGAUGGUAAAAAUGUUUAGAGACUUAAACUCAUGUGAUGUUAUGGUGGGAGUUCAUGGUGCUGCCAUGACACAUCUUUUGUUCAUGAGACCUGGCUCUGUGUUUAUACAGAUUGUGCCUUUGGGUACUGACUGGGCUUCUGCUACUUAUUAUGGAGAACCUGCCACCAAGUUGGGAUUGACAUAUCUUGAGUACAAAAUCUUUCCAAAAGAGAGCUCUCUGUCUGCAGAGUAUGGAAGAAAUGAUCCUGUUCUUAGAGACCCGGAUUCAGUUAACAGGAAGGGAUGGGGGGAGACAAAAAGGGUGUAUCUUGAAGGGCAAAAUGUCAGUCCUUCAUUGAAACGAUUCAAGAAGACUCUACUCUCUGCCUAUUCCUCUGCACUUGCUCGCAAACAGGGGAAAUUGCCUUCUAUUAACCGUUAACCAGAUUUUGUAUUUAUAAAUUGUAUAAUGCUGUGUUUUAUGUAUAGAUAUAGGAAGAGGGCUCUGGAGGAUUGGAGGAAUGAUAAUGGCUUCUCUCUUUAUUCAGAUAAGAUAAACGAGGUCACUAGGAUGAAGAAAGAUUAUGCAACUGCUGAAUAUUGUUAGAGGAGAA